AUGCCUGGUAGCAUUGAUCAACAAACUAAAGAAAAUGUGCGAUAUAAAGUUAAGUACGAACAAAUGUUCAAGAUCAGUAGUGAAAUGACAGUAACGGAGAAAAAUCUUGUUGUAUUACCUGUCAACAUUUAUACAUCAUUGGAUGAUUCUGCCUGUGGUAUUCAACUAGAACUUGGGCACGACUAUUUGCUUUCAGGUAAAUAUGUUAAUGGUACAAUGCAAACAAGUUUAUGUGGUCAAAUUCUACUCGAAGAUCUAAAAGAAUCCCGAAAACAUGAUAUUCUGGAAUGGACUGAAGUUCCAGAUAAAUUAAGACAGCAGUUGAAUAAACAAGAAUUCGAUUCAACGUGCGAAAAGGAGCUAAACUAA